AAGAGUUGAAGUCCUAAAGAAAUUAACCUUAAUUGUGACACCGAAGACUUGUUUUCUAAUUUUAUUUUCGUGAUUGCUUACGUUCAGCAAUACUGUAUGCAUUUAUUGUUAAAUUUUGAUUGCCUUAUUUGUCUAAUUGUGGCAGCCUUAUUUGCUUAAAUGAGUUUUUUUUAUCUCUUUUUGGUAGUAAAUUGUUUCGGUUUAAUUUGCGUUUGAAGAUCUUCGUCCUUGUACGUCGCUGAAGCCGAAUUUUGCCUCCUGAGGUUUUGAGUGUGGAAGGAAGUGCUUGAUGAUAUUGUGAGGCCCCACCAACUUUCCCUCAAGUGAGGCCACCAACUCUCCCCUCUAGUGAGGCACCACCAACUCUCCCCUCAAGGUGCUGAUGCCGUCAUGGUCAGCAUUAGGCAGUGCUGUAGACGUGCUGCUGCAUUGCGACCAGCACGACAGCUUGCUAUGAACCUCCUGCUCAUCAUGACCGUGCUGCUAGCAGCAGGCACCACCAGUGGGCUGCAGUACCCGUUGUCGUACCAGUACCGCUACCACGCGACGGUUGGAACAGCGCUGCCAGACGCAGGACCCCAGCCUUCACUGGUGUCGAUCGACACGAUACUCGAGGUUGACACGGCGCCCAACAACGUCUUUCUGAUCAGGUUCAGAGACACGCGUGUGGGCGAGUCUCACGGCAGCGGGGAGUGCGGGCAGCUGGGGACGGAGCAGCAGGGGCAGCUAGCACCCGCGCUCAGGGAGCUCUUCGAAGCACCGUUCCAGGUCACCCUGGACUACCACAACAAGCCACAGCUCGCAGUGCCUCCCGACGAACCGCUGUGGCUGAGUAACGUUCGCAAGGGCGUCGUGCAGCUGCUGCUGGUGCUGCCUACCGUAGAGCACCAACUCAAACGCUCCUACACCAACACCCGCACCAACUCCCUCGACAGCGACACCAGCAGGAGCCCCCUACAGCCCACCUCCUUCAGCAGGAGGGAGGACACCAUCUACGGAGCGUGCACAGUCCAGUACGUUCUGUCGCCGGCGUCAGGCGCGGUGCGCGCGGCUCAUCCGCUGCCGGGGCGCGACCUGCAGCGCCGGGCGGGAAAGUCCGCCGACGGCUCCUGGCCUGAGAUAUCAGAGUACCUUUACGAACUGCAGCGCUCCACUGACCUCAACGACUGCACCAACAGGCCCCUCAUGUUCACCUCCACCAACACCGCGGGCGGGAAGAACCACACGUCCAGUUCUGGUGACCGGUUCUUCACGCAGUCGUCGCUGGGGCGCCUGAUCCUGAGGGGGGAAAACAACCCCCGCCGCGCCCAGAACCUGAGGCUCGAGUGGGCGCAGGUCGACGCUGGGGCCGUGAUGAAGCCCUUGGGAAUACCGGGUGCCGUGAUGCAGAUUGUCACGAACCAGACGCUGGCGCUGACGAUGACGUACAAGCGCCGCGUCCCGCCCCCGCCGUCCAGCCUCAAGACCCUCAACUCGAUGGCCUUCGAGAUGUCCUCACCCUUCCCCCAGUCCCCCUCCCAGCCCUCGUCCUGGGUCCGAUACUCUUCAAUCGACGACGCCCUGGCGCCCACGUACCCCGAAGAAUACCUCACAGGGCGGCGCCCCAACGCCUCAGCUACCCACCUCCUCAAGGAGCGGCUGCUGCAGGAGGUUGUUGCCACCGCCACGACCCUGCGGACGCUUCUGGUGGCGCAGCACUCGGGCGCUGGCAAGGCGCAUGGCGAGGCGCCGUCAGGAGGAGCGUUGUCAGGAGGACCACAGUCAGGAGGAGCAUUGUCAGGAGGACCACAGUCAGGAGGAUCAGCUGCAGGGCAGGUCAUUGACCAGCUUGUCAGCAUCACAGAGCUGACGCGUGCACUCACCAAAGAGGACCUGGCAGACGUCAGCAAGAAGGUUCUGGCCAUGGAAGAUGACCUCGUCAAACAGGUGUUCCGUGAAGCUCUGUCGUCCAGCGGCGCCUCAGCGGCGGUGGCGGUGGUGUUGGACGAGCUCCUGCAGCGUCGCCCGUCGCCCCUGGACGCGUGGGCGACGCUGGCGAGUGUGGCGACGUCCACGCGCUCGCCUGUCUCCGCCACUCAGCUGCACGACUUCGUGGAGGCUCUGAGCAGCAGUGACGCCACAGCCACAGAGGCGAGCGGCGUUAGGUUCUUGCUGACGUCAGCGCUGCUCACGACGGCCACGUCAGCGCGCAGGCUGUGUGCUCCUGACAGGCGUCAGUUCUACGGUCGCCUCUAUGACGACCACUGCAGCGUGCAGACUAAACUGCUGGCCCUCAUCAGACGCCUGAUGCAGGACCCGUCGAACCCCCCGUGGCAGAAGGUGGCGCUGGUCCAAGCCCUCGGGUACCUGCAGGGGGAGGCCGCGUUCGAGGAGCUCCUAGAGAUCAUUGUGUCCAGCAGCUCCGACGUCGCCCUCAGGACUGCCGCGGUGCUUAGUGUCGUGUCGGGGCACACCACCCCCGCCCUCCGUAGCAAGGUGUUCGAUGGUUUGGCACCCUUGGUGGCGUCACAAGUGGAGCCUCCAGCGCUUCGUCAGGCGGCCGUCCUGGCGAUGUUGACAUGGCGGCCCGACCAAACGUGGUGGCUCAGGCUGGCCAGAGCGACGUGGCGGGAGGAGUCGCCUGCAGUGGCGGAAUUUGUGGCUCAGGCCAUGCGCUCCGUGGCAGAGCUCGGGGCCCCCGCGUGGCGCACUCAGCGACGGUACGCGCAGGAGGCGCUGGCGCUGAGUCGGCCGGUACUCGCCCCGUCCCGCCAGUCCUUGCACAGCAUCUUGGAGGCCUUCGCAACACCUCCUAUGAUGGAGUUGGAGUCGGAGCUCGGAUGGCUGUUGAGCCUUAGGACGCGCUUGCCGGAUGACUUUUUCGUCAGCCUCGCCGCCAAGAUGAACGCCAUCAGGAUGCCGCUCCUUGAGGCUGGGUUCUACGGCCAGGGCGCCGAGCUGUGGCGGGCGCUGCGGUGGCGCGGCGCUGGUGAGGCCAGCGACCGAAGCGGCGCCAAACUGCGGCGGGAGUUCAACGAAAUCCUCCGCGGCUUGGGGGCGGCCACGACCCCCCAGUCCUCCCCUUGGGGGCUGCUGCUCCUCAGGCUUUUCUCUGGCCUCCACGCCCCCCUCCCCCUCGACGCCGCCUUCCUGCAGGAUCUCAAACCUCCUGGCUCCGGCGGCUCGUCCCACACGAGCCGUGACGUUCACUUCUUCAAGUUCGGGCAACCCGCGUGGCGGGAGGUGGUCGUGCCCACAGACGUGGGCAUCCCCGUGGUGGGGCACAUCCGCACCCCGGGCUUCCUCUACCAGAAGGGCAAGUACGACGUACGGAGCGUCACUGAAGGCCCCCCUCGCCACCCCACCAAACACACCACCGUCGCUUUCACCGGCAACACCUCAUUUGCCUGGAGCCUGGAGAGCUCCUUGGGGGCCCUGGUGCCCUGGCUGGACCAGACACUGGAAACUGGAGUGCAGCUCCGGUCCAGCAUCGCACUGAUCAACUCAUCAGUCGCCGCAACCUUCAGCGCAGGCACUACUAACAGUCAGCUUCAGCUCAACGUCAGCGCUGACGUCAACAAGGAGGUACCGGUAUGGAGGUGGUCUGUUUGGCCGUACUCAUUGGUGCGCCCACUGAGCCCAGGCACCGGCAUGGCAAGAGUCUCCUACCGGCACGGAGGGCAGCUAACACCUCAUACGCCGCUGCGUAAGUGGAGGUGGUGGCUGGGGCAGCUCGUCGGCGUCGGUGCCCACGUGAGCGUCGAGGCAGAUAACGACAUCCCUCGCGCUCUUCCUAACAGCCUUUGGCAGCAUAUCAUCCCUGCUCAUGACGCUGCCAGCCCGUCGAUGCGGUACCAGCAGCAUACUCUUCACCUCGACACAUCCGGCAACCACACGAGCAGCGCCAUGUUGUCUCUGACUUUCGAAGAAGCCGAAACCUCGCACAAGCAAAAUGAUUCUGCCAGGCGCGAGUUUCCCGAUUUCGAACUUUACGACUCGAAGGAUAAUCGGAGCAGGAAGCUCAGCUCACUGACAGGUGCAGGAGGGUUCAUGGUGACUGCACGCGGCAACUUCUCAUCAGGCGUUCACGACAUCGUGUAUGAGGCGUCACUGGCCGCCAGUGCCCCCAACACGACGGAAGACAGCCAGGAGACACAAAGCUAUCACCUCACCUUCCUCAGGAGCGGCGUGCCCUCCGAUGUGCCCAGGCCACCUAAAGUGUGCUUGAAAUGCUCAGUCACGUCUCCGGCGCUGCCGUCGCUCGACCGCCUCGACAAGCUCCUUCAAGAUCAGCUGCACGCCACAGUUUCUGCUACGCUGGGCGUCGGCUCAACUUGUCGAGCCUCCAAAAAAACCGAAGUUGCCGCGCUGAAGGCGCAGCUGUCUGUGAGCCCCAAGCAGCUGCGGCUCCUCGCCCGCCGCCUGCCCACGCAGUGCAACUUCGACCGCCUUGACCCCACGACCAGCCUGCGACGAGCGGCCUUCUACGACGUGCUGCACGCCGACCUGUCGUGGCAGCAGGACGUGCCAGGAGUCCUGCUGAACCAGAGCCAUGCGGCGGCGAGCGUCCUACGGAGCCUCAGCCUCCCCUACACAUCCUCCAACUGCAUCAGCGUCGACGCCCCCCAGCGGCGGGUGCUGGUCAACCUCACCAGGUCGCAGACGACUAGGCGUGCGACUGGUCUGAUCAGCCGUCCUGGUUGUCUGGACUAUGUAGAAGAGCUACCAGUACCUACGAUACUCGACUUGUUGCUGCCCCUGCACGGUCACCACUCCAAAGGGCACGACGGCGAGCUACACAGUACCCAGCCAGCCGUGGUGCCUCCCAGUGACCAGUGCUACGUCCUCUCCAACAGGGUGGUCACCUUCGACAUGGUGUCCUACGAAAUGGAGCCUUCCACUUGUGACAGGGUGAUUUUCGAACACGUGGGUGCCAACUCUGGCGUCCUGGUGAGCUUCCGAGGAUCGGACGAGUCGCCUCACGCGCCGCUGAGCUACAGGGUCCUCAUGCCGGCCGCCGGGGUCGAUAUCCGCGUCGAGGGACACUCUGUGCUGAUAAACAACGCAACGAUGGCAGGCAACACCAAAGAUGUCGUGGACGCCUCAGGCUCCGUGGUGGCGAGUGUAAGCAGGACCUCCGACACUGUCGAGGUGCUCCUGCCGUCCCUCCUGCAGGCGCUCAUCAGGAACUCGAACGCCCUCGUGCUGCGGGUCCUGGACAGCGCCCUCUUCAGGGGGGCGGUCGGAGGACUCUGUGGCAACUUCGACGGCGUUGCCCUAGGGGAUCUGCAGGACCCUAGAGGGUGUCUGUUCCUCCGCCAUCAGGGGAAGACGAUGGCGGCGUCGUGGACUGUGCAGCCCUGCAGUCUUCCCUCUGAGGUCGUGGACAAGCUCAAGAGGCAGCAGUGGACUUGCCCGAGGACUCCUGCAGAACUCGGCCAGCCUGCCACGGAGGACUAUGACCCUGAGCGCUGCAGCGAUGAGGCCCACCGUGUGGUGGCCCAGCCAGGCCACGUGUGCCUCACCACGGUCCCCGUCAGUGCCUGCGCUCCAGACUGCGCCCCUCUCUCCGGCACCCUGCGCGAGGCUAUGUUUGAGGUGAAGUGCUGGGCGGAGACGCGACUACCGGAGAGCCUGAAGAAGGCUCAGAAGGAGGGGCGCUUGUCCUACCUCGAGGACUCCCCAGGCACCCUUAUGCCCGUCCUGCUGUCCUUCCCCAUGGAGUGCGUCCCCAAGCGGGAGUCCCGACAUCGUUAACUAACGCGUCCCAUGAGUCCCGAUGUCCUUAACUAGCGUCCCCUUAAGUGGGAGUGCAGACAUCGUUAAGUAACGCGUCCCAUGAGUCCCGAUGUCCUUAACUAGCGUCCCCAAGCGGGAGUCCCGACAUCGUUAACUAACGCGUCCCACGAGUCCCGACGUCCUUAACUAUCGUCCCCUUAAGUGGGAGUCCCAAAAUCGUUAAGUAACGCGUCCCAUGAGUCCCGGCGUCCUUAACUAGCGUCCCCUUAGGUGUGAGGCCCAAUAUCGUUAACCAACGUGUCCCAUGAGUCCCGACGUCUUUAACUAGCAUCCCC